AUGGCUUCAUCAUCGGAAAAGGCCGUGUGCGUCACCGGCGGCAAUGGCUUCAUCGGCUCCUGGCUAGUCAAGACCCUCUUAGAACGCGGCUACACUCCCGUCCACGUCUCCAUCUACCCCGGCUCCGACGCCUCCCACCUCUUCGCCCUCCCCGGCGCCUCCCCCGCCACCCUCACCGUCUUCGAGGCCGACAUCCUUGACGCCGACGCCGUCUCCAGAGCCGUCCAGAAUUGCAAGGGCGUCUUCCACGUGGCCUCCCCCUGCACCAAUGUCCUCCAGGCCGCUUCCAGCUUCGGCGUCCGGCGCGUCGUCCUCACCUCCUCCAUCUCUUCCAUGGUCCCCAACCCCGGUUGGCCCAGCCACAAAGUCUUCGACGAGACGUCUUGGACCGAUCUCGAUUACUGCAAAUCCCGCCAGAAAUGGUAUCCGGUGUCGAAGACACUAGCAGAGAAGGCGGCUUGGGAUUAUGCAGAGAAGAAUGGAUUAGAUGUGGUAGCAAUCCAUCCAGCCACAUGUCUCGGACCUCUUCUGCAGCCUGGUUUGAAUGCCAGCUGUGCUGUUCUGCUCAACUUGCUGCAGGGAUCCACAGACACACAAGAGUACCACUGGUUGGGGGCUGUGCAUGUCAGAGAUGUCGCCAAGGCGCAAGUUUUGCUGUUUGAGACUCCUGCGGCUUCUGGGAGGUACCUUUGCACCAAUGGUAUAUAUCAAUUCGGUGACUUUGCAGAUAGAGUCUCCAAACUCUUCCCCCAGUUUCCGGUUCACAGGUUUAACGGAGAAACCCAACCAGGCCUCAAGGAUUGCAAGGAUGCUGCAAAGAGAUUAAUCGACCUGGGUCUGGUUUUCACACCAAUUGAAGAUGCUGUCCGGGACACAGUGGAGAGCCUCAAAGCUAGAGGCUUUUUGAAGCAGGAAGAGACGUCACAAUCUAGCUAGUUGGCACAUAACAAUGAGUGGAAAUGAAGUGUUGGUCGACAUAAUUAGUUUCUUAGUCCUCUUCCUAUCAUUGCCUUUAACUUUUAUUCGUUUCAAAAGUUGAACAUUAUCUAUAUAUUCUUGGAACUGAGCAUCAUAUGUUUAUAAAAGUAACAUUAUCUAUCAUUGUUUUUAGUGAUUUCCAAGAGACAAUUGGAGUCACUAGAUGGUGUCGUUUUUACUGCACGGUGCGUAGUGCAGAGUAUAUUGCCUGCAAACUGCAUCUGCAAGCAUGUGGUGAAUUAUCAAUCAAUCUGAAAACCAAGG